CCCCGGAGCGGGCGGGGCGCACGGACCCCGCGGCUGCAGCAACAGGUUCUGUCCCUCCGCAGGGAUGGAAGAGAGGGAGCGGCCGUCAUUCCCUGCCGGAGCCGGGCUGGCCGCGCCGCCAGCAGCGGGAGGGGCUCGGCCGCUGCCCGGGACCGCUCGGCUCGUUCCUGCCCUGCCCCGGCCCCGCCGCGGAGGAGGCUGACGGUGCUCCAGGCUCAUCCAUCGGGCUCGCUUUGUGCUGCUCGGGCUUCCCCUGGCCGGCUCCGCCGCUCCCCGCGUCCUGUGGCUGCACGGCGCAGGAUGGAGGCUCGUGUUUCCAGUUUCUUCCGCCUUGCCUAAUCUGAAGGUAUGUACCACUCUUGGUGUGCUUUCUAAACCCCAGCUUGUGCAAGGAAGGGUUCUGUGGCUCAGCAAGCAGCCCUAGCAGGGGGUUAUCCCUGGGCUGCACAUCCAAGGGAGAAGACACUUGCAGAAGCAGCGAAGGGAUGCAAAGCUGUCUUCCAAGAUGACUCUUAUGCCUGGAGAAAAUUCCGACUAUGACUAUAGCGCCCUGAGCUGUACUUCCGAUGCUUCCUUCAACCGCAGGUUCUUUCCAGAGUCUGAAACCCUCAAGGGAGUGUUUUACCAAAGAGCCAGGCUCAUCCACCCUCAGGAGGAUCUCCUCAAAGGCUUCCACCCCGACGAUCGGAAGCGUCACAUAAUUAUAAACGUGGGGGGCAUCAAGUACCUGCUCCCCUGGACCACGCUGGACGAGUUCCCCUUGACACGGCUGGGACAGCUCAAGUUCUGCACCAAUUUUGACGACAUUCUGAACAUCUGUGAUGAUUACGACGUGACGUGCAAUGAGUUCUUCUUCGACCGCAACCCAGGGGCGUUCAGGACAAUCCUGACCUUCCUGCGGGUCGGAAAACUCCGGCUCUUGCGAGAGAUGUGCGCGCUGUCUUUCCAGGAGGAGCUGCUCUACUGGGGCAUUGAGGAAGACAACUUGGACUGGUGUUGUAAAAGGAGAUACCUGCAAAAAAUGGAGGAGCUGACAGAGAUAAAUGAACGGGAGGAUGACCUCCUAGAAAAUGAAACAACAGGUGAAACAGUAGAGGAGACAAAAAUUGGUUUGUGCAUGAAAAAGUUGCARGACAUGGUGGAAAGGCCCCAGUCUGGCCUUCCUGGAAAGGUGUUUGCGUGUUUGUCUGUUUUGUUUGUAACUAUUACAGCAGUGAACUUAUCCAUCAGCACCAUGCCUGACCUGAGGGAGGAGGAGGAAAAGGGUGAGUGCUCCCAGAUGUGCUACAAUAUUUUCAUUGUGGAGUCCGUGUGUGUGGCAUGGUUCUCCCUGGAGUUCCUGCUCAGAUUCAUCCAGGCCAAGAGCAAAUUCGCCUUUUUGCGGAGGCCCCUGACGCUGAUCGACAUCAUCGCCAUCCUGCCCUACUACAUCACGCUGCUGGUGGACACGGGCUCCGAGGGCUCCAAGAAGCCCAGCUCGGGGAACAUCUACCUGGACAAGGUGGGGCUGGUGCUGCGGAUCCUGCGGGCGCUGCGCAUCCUCUACGUGAUGCGGCUGGCGCGGCACUCGCUGGGGCUGCAGACGCUGGGGCUGACGGCGCGCCGCUGCACGCGCGAGUUYGGGCUGCUGCUGCUCUUCCUCUGCGUGGCCAUCGCGCUCUUCGCGCCCCUGCUCUACGUCAUCGAGAACGAGAUGGCCGACUCGCAGGAGUUCACCAGCAUCCCCGCCUGCUACUGGUGGGCCGUCAUCACCAUGACCACSGUGGGUUAYGGGGACAUGGUGCCCCGSAGCAUCCCCGGGCAGGUGGUGGCUCUGAGCAGCAUCCUGAGCGGCAUCCUCCUGAUGGCGUUCCCCGUCACCUCCAUCUUCCACACCUUCUCGCGCUCCUACCUGGAGCUGAAGCAGGAGCAGGAGAGGCUCAUGUACAGGAGAGCGCAGUUCCUGCUGAAAGCCAAGUCGCAGAUGAGCAAUGAGUCACAAGGCAGCGAGGUUUUGUUCACCACUCUCUCCUCCGAGGCCAGGGACAAUGAAUGAAAUUUAUGGUACUGUUUCUCCUGCUGUCGCUGUAUCCGAUUCCACCAUUGAAUUUGCUCUGAAGCGUCUUAGGAAGGUAAUCCUCAGAUUAAAAUGAACAAAAGGAGCUGUAACCAGGAACUGAUGUGGUUUAAGAAGUCUGUUAUUAUGCUGUUCCUCUCUCCCCCCCAUAUAAUGUAUAGGGCAGUAUUUUCACUGAAAUAAUGCAGUGGGAUUUAAAGAAUUAAAACUUCUCUGGCAACAACAAAAAAAAAAAAAAGCAACAUAUAAUUACACACUURACAGGCUGUUUUGCCAUUUGUAAUACACGUUUUUCCAACCGAAUCACAAUGUAUAUAAUCAUUAAACAGGCUACCAUUUUUCUUGUUCMUCUUGUAUAUAAAUAAUGUAAAUACAACAGAAUUAAUGGCUAAAUUCUCUCCCARUAACACGCCCUAGAGCGUGAUGGAAAUAACCACAGACGUUUGUCCCAUUGUGCUUUUACAAAAACGUCAAGUGAGACUCGUCACUCACCACAGAACCAUCUAUUUCUUUGCAAGUCAGCCCUAAACACAGCAGAACAGAAGAAUCGAGCUGUUUAUAGCAUAACCCUGCUAAAGACGUAAAUACUCAGAGCGCACCAGCUUCAAAAUUUAAUUGCCAUUACAGCAUUGAUCCGAUGCCAUCGAAUGCAACAUUCCAAGGAACAAAGCCUUGGAGUUUUGUAGCACUUAAUAUUAUUACCAAGAGGUGACUAGCUGCAAAUGCAAUGAAAUAUGCAUGAGGAGAUGCCAGCCGUUCCCCACCAUCUGUUCCCAGCUUCACUUUCCCUCAGCUCUGGAAGGGAACUGGGGAAGGGUCGUUUCCAGGGACCCUCAGCACUGCUGGGCAAACUGGGGCCACCCCUUCCCGUGGAGCUCCUGAUUCCGUAACAGGAGCAGGAAAUCUGUGCCCGUGGGAAGCUGCCAGUGAGGAAAAGAGAAAAUAAGAUUURAGUCAUGGAGGGGGGCCACUGACAGAUUUGUGCUUCGCUGUCCUCCCUCAGGAGGGACUCAAGACAGGAUUAACUUUAUCUUUGCCAUCCUUACGCACGUGGUGGAUUUUAAAUAAGGAAAGAUUUUAAAGGAAGAAGGGGAAGAUUUUCAAUAGGGCAGGAAAAGCAAUGGAGAUCCUAAAGCACAAGCACGUUUUCUUCACCCACACAGGUUUUUUGGUGCAGUUCUCUGCUGAAGUUGGGAGCCCAGGGGUCUGUGGCACACUCAGGUUUGGCACAGAUUUCUGGGCAGGUCAUUGACUGACCCCUGUUUAUUUUAGAGGGAAUGACCCUGACUUUUGUAACAGCUCAGGAAAAAAAAAACUCCAGAACUUAAAAAAAAUAAUUAAAUCCACCUGUUUGAUUUAAUGUAUGCUUAGAAGUAAAGAAAAGAUGAUUUAAAGAGUUUCACCUAUUUUCCACUCUUUUUUAGUAAAAUGACUUAUUGGCAGGUAAGAGCUUGGGGAAUUUAGAAGUCCCCACCACAUUGACCAAUGUUUCUUUAUCUUAAUUUUCAGAAAUACUAUUUCUUAUUGGCAUUUCUGGAGCAGGUUAUGAGAAAUGUCAGAAUGCAUAAUGGUUUUAUGAUUUAAAUUAAGGCCAAGGACACAACGUUGUCCUUCCAGAAAAGGGAGGCUUGCUGUCCUUCCUUCCAGCAAGCCCACAGCAUGCUGAUUUUCUUUUCAAAUGUCUUUAAAAUAUAAUUUGAAGCUGUUCUGAUGUGCUUGUUCCUGAAGGAAAAUUCCAAAACUUUUUAAAAUGCACUUUACAAAUAAUUAGGGCUCUAGCAUUCUCCAGCCUGUGGUAGGRAAAUGUGCUUAUGGAACUUUACUGCAGAGUGCUAAAACACCCAGACUAAACUSUUGGCAAUUAAUUCUGUGCCAAAGCUGCAAAUGAACCAGCUUUUCACUCUUGUUCUUCAUCUUUAAUUAGAGUUGGACAAAAAACAGGAACAUCGUGACAAAAAUUUCUUCUCCCCAUUUUUUUUUUCCAUUUCAGAACUGUUUGAUCAUCUGGAGCAUUGGCUCCAGCACAAGUGCUAUACAUCUUCUACCUUUGUGUCAGCGUUCGUUAUAAAAAGAACUGGUAAUUAGAUUAGUCCUGUGAGCAACAGUUGCUUAUCUAAGAAUGUGUUUGACAGGCUGAGCCAUAAAUAAGAAGCUGUACAUGAAUAUAAGGAGAAAUCAAGACUUACCAAAUAAAACCUAAGCUCAUUUCCAUGUUCUGCGAGCUGAUAAAUGCUACAGGGCAAUCCAUUUCCUGUCUUURCAUUAAUGCUCAUUUAUUUCAUGUAUCACUUUAUUUUUUUUUUUUUAUCCCAGAACUAGAGCUUGAUUCUAAAGCCCUUGUCCAGAAGAAAUAAAUUCAAAGUAUCACGCUGGAGCUGGG